CGACGAUAAAUCUCGGGGUGAAAAUCAUGGGCUAUUCCCCUGGACGAUAUCUUCAUGUCGGCACCGAGUUCUUCAACUGUGUAUACUAUCUACCCAAUCGCUAUAUUGCCACGCGUUUCAACUGCCAUUUAAGGUAUUGAAUGGUCCACAAUUUCAAUUGUAGAUGAGUUAUUUAAAUGUACUUAAGUCCAAAGACUCCCUGGAUAAAAGUUUGGUUACUUGCUUGAAAUUCUAUCGCUCAUCUAUACUUUCAUUAUGUUGACCCCUUUUGCCUCGUCGCUUAUGCUGCUCCUGCCAGCUCUGGCAACCGCUCGCGUGGCACAUCAAUCUCGAGCUCCUGUCAAUAGCACUGCAUGUGCUCCAGUCCAUUUGAUUAUCGCCCGUGGAACGACUGAGAGCUACCCUGGGACUCUCGAGAGCUUGGCCGGGUUGAUUACCGAUGCCAAUCCAGGCACUGAUUACGAAAGUGUUAUAUCCUGCUACAGACGAGACUUCCUCACUUCCACAAACAGCUAUGCUGAAGGGCUUGUGGCUGCUCAGGACCAGUUUAAUGCUUAUGCAGAGUCAUGUGAAGAUUCGAAAAUUAUCUUUCUAGCCUACUCUCAAGGUGCUAUGGUUGUUGGAGACAUGCUAGCUGGUGGAGGCGGAGAUGAGAUUCUCGGUGCUGGAAAUGGAUCACUCCCCAUUAACUCGAAAGUUGGGGAACGCAUGACAGCUUUAGUCCUAUAUGGCGAUCCAAGACACAUCCCCAACGAGAGCUUUGAUGUCGGGAACAACAAUGUAACUGGCAAAUAUCCAAGAACUGCUUCACAGAUUUCGGUCUUCGAAAACCAAUAUGCUUCAAAGAUUGCAGACUACUGCAAUGUUGACGAUCCAGUAUGUGCUAGCGGUACUAAUCUUACAGCUCAUCUUGUAUAUCCUCAAAAUUGGGAUAUCACCGCUGCUGCUUGGGUUCAGACUAUGUUAAAAGGAUAA